AUGGGUCGUCUAAUUGCUUGGAGACAAACGAAGGAAGAUGGAAAACUAAGCAACCGUACAAUUUUUUGUUCGAUUUCAGUGAUCGUCGACUUGCUCAGUAAGACCGUGUUGGCUGUAUUCUUGAAAGCGGCUAAAACAUCGAGCGUAACAAAGCCCGCGAGCACCCGUAGGCGUGAGGUGCAAGCGGGGCUUAUGCCUGACCGACACAAGUCGGCAUGA